AUGAGAAAUCUGGUAACUUGUAUGGUGGCUGCGGCCGGGCUUUUGUCCUUGGCAGAUGCUUUCUAUCUGCCGGGAGUGGCCCCUACCACCUAUCAUAAAGGUGACGAAAUUCCACUGUUGGUAAACCAUCUGACGCCAUCAAUGUACUUUCAGCAUAAAGGUGAAAAUGACGAGGAUCUGGGCGACAAAGAGUCGUUUUUAUACUCCUACGAUUACUACUACGACAAGCUCCAUUUUUGUCGGCCGGAAAAGAUGGAAAAACAGCGGGAAUCGCUAGGUUCGAUCAUUUUUGGUGAUAGGAUUUACAAUUCGCCUUUCCAAAUUGAAAUGCUAGAAGAAAAAGAGUGUGUUACUCUCUGCUCGCAGAAAAUCCCAGCCGAAGACGCAAAAUUUGUGAACAAACUGAUCCGCAACGGAUUUUUCCAAAAUUGGCUUAUUGACGGUUUGCCCGCAGCUCGUGUCUCACAUGAUGGAAGAACAGGAUCAGACUUUUACACACCGGGCUUCGAGCUUGGUUUGGUCGAUGUGGGCGGUUCCAAAUUGAGAAUGGGCGGACAGGGUUCGAGUUCCAGUGAAUCAGAGUCGCAACCUCACACUAACCCGGUUUCCGAAGGUGACUACUUGGAAGCGCCUCCUGCAAACUCACACAAGCUCACAAAAAGAAAGAACGUUGUCAACACUAAGGAGAUGGUAAAACAGAUCGAAACACCUUAUUUUGUUAACCAUUUCGACAUCAAGAUCGAAUACCACGACCGUGGAAAUGGGGACUACAGAGUGGUAGGAGUCACUGUGAACCCUGUCUCCAUCAAAAGAUCUCUUUCUGACUCAUGUGCUCCAACAGGGGAGCUAUUGGAGCUAUCAGAAGAGCAGGAAACCGAGGUCAAUUUUUCUUACUCCGUUCAUUUUGAAGCUUCCGCCACAGCAUGGGCCACGAGAUGGGACAAAUAUUUGCAUGUUUAUGAUCCUAAAAUUCAGUGGUACUCGCUGGUCAAUUUCUCCCUAGUAGUGGUUCUACUAUCUUCCGUGAUGAUUCACAGUUUGUACCGCACCCUCAGAGACGACUUGUCCCGCUACAACCAAUUGAAUUUGGACGAUGAUUUUCAAGAGGAAACCGGCUGGAAGUUAGUUCAUGGCGAUGUCUUCCGCACUCCAUCAAGAUCUCUGCUAUUAUCGGUCCUUAUCGGAUCGGGGGCACAGCUGUUUUUGAUGGCAGCCUGCACCAUUGCAUUUGCUCUAUUCGGACUUUUAUCUCCAUCUUCAAGAGGGUCAUUGGCUACCGUGAUGUUCAUUCUCUAUGCCCUUUUUGGUCUCUUUGGUUCUUAUACCUCGAUGGCCACUUACAAGUUUUUUGGAGGACAAUACUGGAAAGUAAACAUGCUUCUGACGCCUUUACUAGUCCCAGGCUCCAUUUUCUGCGUGAUGAUCGCUCUAAACUUUUUCCUAAUUUUUGUUGACUCCGCUGGUGCUCUUCCGUUCGGUACCAUGUGUGCCAUUUUAGCCCUUUGGUUCAUCUUUUCUUUGCCAUUGUCUGCUGUGGGUUCGUUCGUAGCUCGCAAGAAAUGUCAUUGGGAUGAGCAUCCUACCAAAACCAAACAAAUUCCCAGACAAAUACCCUUCCAGCCGUGGUAUCUCAAGACCAUUCCUGCAUCUUUGAUCGCCGGUAUAUUUCCAUUUGGUUCAAUCGCUGUGGAGCUCUAUUUCAUUUAUUCCAGUCUGUGGUUUAAUAAGAUCUUCUACAUGUUCGGUUUCUUGUUCGUAUCUUUCCUGUUGCUCACUUUGACAACUUCUUUGGUCACCGUUAUGCUAACUUACUAUUCCCUAUGUUUAGAAAACUGGAAGUGGCAAUGGAGAGGAUUCUGGAUUGGGGGCAUUGGUUGCGCGACUUACAUGUUUGUCCAUUCCAUCCUUUUCACAAAAUUUAGACUUGGUGGGUUGACUACGAUAGUGCUCUACCUAGGCUACUCGCUGUUGAUUUCGCUGCUUUCAUGCCUCAUUACCGGUACAAUUGGCUUCUUGAGCAGCCUGUGGUUUGUGAGAAGAAUCUACUCGUCUAUCAAGAUUGACUAA